UCUGACGCUUAGAGGAGAGCAUGACUUACAUUCACACAUCAAGACUAUAUUUUGGGCUUCUGUUCUUAAUUUUGUCCUUUCAACGAUGCUGUUCAGCAGCUGCUCUGAGUGUGCAGUGUAAGAUCAUCAACCUCGAGUAUGUGGAGUGCAUCUGGCACCCAAACACAUCAACAGCAAACUACACCUUCAGCAGUGGAUUUAUAAAUGACGCCUCCCAUGACUGUACAGAAUACGUCUUGGAGCACAAUUACACUAUAGGCUGCAGAAUUCUUCUCAAAAGACCCGAGCAGAGGUUUACAACAUUUAAAACAACUGUAUUCACUGAAGGAAACCACACUAUUAUAACACAUUUUGAUUCCCUCCAGAGAAAUGUGCUGCUAAAUCCACCCUAUAACCUGUCAGUGAUGUGGAAUGAGCACAACAGCACACUUUUACUACAGUGGGACAGCAGUGCCCCCCUCUCAAAAAAGUGUGUAGUCUAUAUGGUGCGCAUUCUAAGCAACCAGAAAGACGCAAACCAGUUGUCAAACGUGAUAGAAAAGUCAUACAGUCUCUCUCAGGUCUCACAGAACAAGCACUAUGUUUUCCAAGUCCGGAGCUCUGUUGCUGAAGACUGUAGUCCUUCAGAUUUCUGGAGUGACUGGAGCGCUCCGGUGGAGUGGGGCAGUGCAGAGAACAUCAGCAAACAAGGCUGGUGGCAGUGGUUGUAUGGUAUUCUGUCAGUCUUUCUGCUGUUGUUGCUGGGUUUGUUGUUGUGCUAUUGUGAGAGGAAAAGAAUCAUCUUACUUCCAGUUGUGCCUGACCCUAGCAAGAACCUACAGGAUUUGUUCCAUAAACAUGAUGGAAAUGUUGAGAGCUGGGUUCACAUCUCCAGAGAGCUGAAGGAAGCUUUUGAGCCAGACUACACAGAGCUGUCCUGCGAUGUGUGUGAGGUAACGUCCCCUUGUGACGCCGGUCCCACACCUGUGGCCAGUCCCGCUUCUCAAACUGACAAGUGUGAUGAACCGAGCACUGAAGAAGAGCCUGCAGAAUAGCAGAGCUCAUACGCCAUUCACCUGUACUGUCAUCCAAUCCAACUUUAUUUGUUAAGCACUUUUAAACAA